UGCUGUUCAGCGCGAGCUGCCGUCAGUCUUGAACUGCAGUUCGAAGUUGAAUUUUCAUAAUUCCUUUGCUUUUCUUUUUAUACUGGCGAAAAGCAGUCGAAGACUAUUUACUGCUAUUUACGCUUGCCAAAGACUUAAACUCCAGGCUGCCCAUGGAGCGCCUUUGAGAUGGAGGCUUCUGAUAAAAAAGCGCAAACUCCGACUGAGACCAAAGCAACGCUGACAAGUUGAAGACAUUUGCGCCAUUGUAGUGGCGGCACGGUAUCUUAAUAAAUAACGGCCCAGGCGGGAGCAAGAUGCGCUGCUUGAAUGAUUGACCGCUUACAAAUUCGUCGCUUGGGUGCAGCUGCUAGAAAUAAACGCACGGGAGGCAGCGGCAGCUUUCACUCCGCCAGCGGCAUCACAACGCCAGCGACGGCCAGCACCAGCUCCUCCAGCGGCAACAGCUUAACACCUCAGCAACAUCAGCACCCGCAUCCUCAUCAGCAACAGCAUCAGCACCAGCAUCAGCAUCAGCACCAGCACCAGCAUCAGCACCAGCAUCAGCACACGCAUCUGCGCAGCUCCCAGCAGCAAAUCGGUCAUCUGAAUUUGAAUCCAUCGCCGGGUAGCAGUCCUUGCAACGGAUUGGGCACACGUCAAGAUGCAUCUAGCGUGCUCAACAGUCCGACCACAAUUGUGAACUCGGGCAGCGGCAGCAGCACUGCCUGCGGGAUGCAGCCGCAGGCUGGGGGCUUGUCAACAGCUGCAGUCGCGGGUGCGACAACGGUCAUUGGCGGCCAGUCCACGAGCAAUGCGCACAACAAUGGCGCUGGAGCCACAGUGUGUCCUGUGGGCGGCGUUGGCGGCGGCCUCAAUCUGCUGGGCGGCAUUGGCGGCCUGGGCGGCGGAGCCGCUGCCGCGGGCAUGGGCAUUUGCGGAGGCAUCAGCAGCACUGUGGGCAGCGCCGCCAUUACGGGCGUGCCUCCGAUUGGACUGGGCAUCGCAACGGGAAUUGGAAAUAAGAUUAUGCUCGGCAGAAAGCAAAGCCUCAAGGGUGGCGAGCCAUUUCUGGCUGACUACGGCCCGGAGGAAUCGCUGAACGAGAGCGCGGACAUUGAGUGGGUCAACAAGCUGUGGGUGCGACGCCUGAUGCGCCUGUGCGCCUUGGUCUCGCUGGCGUCCGUUUCGCUAAAUACGCCCAAGACCUUUGAGCGCCAUCCCUCAUUGCAGUACAUCACCUUUGUCUCCGACACGGCGGUGACAGUGCUCUUCACAGCCGAAAUGAUUGCCAAAAUGCACAUCCGUGGGGUCCUCAAUGGCGAGGUGCCGUACCUGAAGGAUCACUGGUGCCAGUUCGACGCCUCCAUGGUAAGCUUUCUCUGGGUCUCGAUCAUACUACAGAUCUUCGAGGUGCUCGAGAUCGUGCCAAAGUUCUCGUAUCUAUCAAUUAUGCGGGCGCCGCGUCCGCUUAUUAUGAUACGUUUCCUUCGAGUGUUUCUCAAAUUCAGCAUGCCCAAGAGUCGCAUCAAUCAAAUUUUCAAGCGCUCGAGUCAGCAAAUCUACAAUGUGACGCUCUUCUUCUUGUUCUUCAUGUCGCUAUAUGGACUGCUCGGGGUGCAGUUCUUUGGAGAGCUGAAGAAUCAUUGCGUUAUGAAUAAUACAAACUAUGAUCUCCUGGGCAGGCCGGUGCUCACAAUCAAUUCGCUGGCCAUACCUGAUACAUUCUGCUCAAUGGAUCCGGACUCCGGCUAUCAAUGCUCGCCUGGGAUGCGUUGCAUGAAGAUGGACUUCCUAAGCAGCUACGUGAUUGGCUUCAAUGGCUUCGAGGAUAUUGCGACAAGUAUUUUUACGGUUUAUCAGGCCGCCUCGCAGGAGGGAUGGGUCUUCAUUAUGUACCGGGCCAUUGACUCGCUCCCGGCAUGGCGUGCCGCAUUCUACUUCAGCACCAUGAUAUUCUUCUUAGCCUGGCUGGUCAAGAACGUGUUCAUCGCUGUCAUUACGGAAACCUUUAACGAGAUACGCGUCCAGUUUCAGCAGAUGUGGGGUGCCCGAGGCCACAUACAGAAGACGGCUGCCUCCCAGAUACUCAGCGGCAAUGACUCGGGCUGGCGCCUGGUCACGAUCGACGACAACAAGCACGGCGGCCUAGCCCCAGAGACCUGCCAUGCCAUUCUCCGCUCUCCAUACUUUCGCAUGCUGGUUAUGACCGUGAUCCUGGCCAAUGGCAUUGUGACAGCGACGAUGGCCUUCAAGCAUGAUGGCAGGCCUCGGCAUGUGUUCUAUGAGCGAUAUUACUACAUCGAGGUGAUAUUCACGUGUCUGCUGGACCUGGAGACACUGUUUAAGAUCUACUGCCUGGGCUGGCGCGGCUACUACAAGCACUCCAUACACAAGUUUGAGCUGCUGCUGGCAGCUGGCACCACACUGCAUAUAGUUCCCAUAUUUUAUCUAUCUGGCUUGACGUAUUUUCAAGUGCUGAGGGUGGUGCGACUCAUCAAAGCGUCUCCCAUGCUGGAGGGCUUUGUGUACAAGAUCUUCGGACCCGGCAAGAAGCUGGGCUCACUUAUCAUCUUCACCAUGUGCUUGCUGAUAAUUAGCUCGAGCAUUUCAAUGCAACUGUUUUGUUUCUUAUGCGACUUCAACAAGUUUGAGUCGUUCCCGGAGGCGUUCAUGAGCAUGUUUCAGAUUCUGACCCAGGAGGCGUGGGUGGAGGUCAUGGAUGAGACCAUGAUACGUACUAGCAAGACGCUGACACCGCUAGUCGCAGUUUACUUCAUACUCUACCAUCUAUUUGUGACGCUCAUCGUGCUCAGUCUUUUCGUGGCGGUCAUUUUGGACAAUUUGGAGCUGGACGAGGACAUAAAGAAGCUAAAGCAGCUCAAGUUUCGCGAGCAGAGCGCGGAAAUCAAGGAAACCCUACCAUUUCGCUUGCGCAUCUUUGAAAAGUUUCCGGACUCACCACAAAUGACCAUUCUGCAUCGGAUUCCCAAUGACUUCAUACUGCCCAAAGUGCGUGAGAGUUUCAUGAAACAUUUCGUCAUUGAAAUGGAAACGGAUGAUCCGUCGCUUGUGGAGAACUGCAGGCGUCCCAUGUCCGAGUGCUGGGAGUCCAACGUAGUGUUCCGCAAGCAAAAGCCCGUGCGCAUCAUGAACAAGACGGCCAAAGUGCGAGCUGCCGGCAGCAGCCUCCGGAAACUGGCCAUCACACAUAUUAUCAACGACAGCAACAAUCAACGUCUAAUGCUGGGUGACUCGGCCAUGCUGCCAGUGGUGGGUACGAAAGGCGGGCUGAAGUCCCAGGGGACCAUUACGCACUCGAAGCCGUGGCGCGUUGACCAGAAAAAAUUCGGAUCCCGUUCGAUACGUCGCAGCGUCCGUUCCGGCUCGAUCAAGCUGAAGCAGACCUAUGAGCACCUCAUGGAGAACGGCGACAUUGCGGCCGCACCUCGAGCCAAUUCCGGCCGGGCCAGACCACAUGAUCUCGACAUUAAACUGCUGCAAGCGAAGCGUCAACAAGCUGAAAUGCGACGCAAUCAGCGCGAGGAAGAUCUGCGUGAAAAUCAUCCGUUCUUCGACACGCCGCUCUUUCUGGUGCCGCGCGAGAGUCGCUUCCGCAAGAUUUGCCAAAAGAUCGUUCACGCACGCUACGAUGCGCGUCUCAAGGAUCCCCUAACUGGCAAAGAGCGCAAGGUGCAGUACAAGAGUCUGCAUAACUUCCUAGGCCUGGUCACCUAUCUGGACUGGGUCAUGAUUUUUGCCACCACGCUCUCGUGCAUCUCCAUGAUGUUCGAGACGCCGAGCUAUCGGCUAAUGGAUCACCCCACGCUGCAGAUCGCUGAAUAUGGCUUCGUUAUAUUCAUGAGCCUGGAGCUAGCUAUGAAAAUUCUGGCUGAUGGCUUGUUCUUCACGCCCAAAGCGUACAUCAAGGACGUGGCUGCAGCGCUUGACGUCUUCAUAUACGUUGUCUCAACGUCGUUCCUGUGCUGGAUGCCGCACAACAUUCCCACCAACUCGGCAGCCCAGCUGCUGAUGAUUCUGCGCUGCGUGCGUCCGUUGAGAAUCUUUACGCUAGUGCCGCACAUGCGCAAAGUGGUCUAUGAGCUGUGCCGAGGCUUUAAGGAAAUCUUAUUGGUAUCCACGCUGCUGAUUCUGCUCAUGUUCAUCUUUGCCAGCUACGGCGUACAGCUCUACGGGGGUCGAUUAGCGCGCUGCAAUGAUCCGACCAUACUGCGGCGUGAGGAUUGUGUUGGCGUCUUCAUGCGACGCGUCUUUGUCACCAAAAUGAAGCUGACGCCCGGCCCGGACGAGUCCUAUCCCGCCAUGCUGGUGCCGCGAGUCUGGGCCAAUCCCCGUCGCUUCAACUUCGAUAAUAUUGGCGAUGCUAUGCUCACGCUCUUCGAGGUGCUAUCGUUCAAAGGCUGGCUAGAUGUGCGCGAUGUACUCAUCAAGGCCGUCGGACCGAUUCAUGCCAUUUACAUCCAUAUCUACAUAUUCUUGGGCUGCAUGAUCGGAUUGACUCUGUUUGUGGGCGUGGUCAUUGCCAACUAUUCAGAGAAUAAAGGCACCGCUCUGCUCACCGUUGAUCAGCGCCGUUGGUGUGACCUAAAGAAGCGUCUCAAGAUCGCUCAGCCGCUGCACUUGCCUCCACGGCCGGAUGGACGCAAGAUUCGUGCCUUUACCUACGAUAUCACUCAGCACAUUAUCUUCAAGAGGGUCAUUGCCGUGGUGGUGCUCAUCAACAGCAUGCUGCUGUCCAUAACGUGGAUCAAAGGCGAAGUGCACACGGAGCGCCUAGUCAUUGUCAGUGCUGUCCUGACCUUUGUCUUUGUCAUCGAAGUGGUCAUGAAGAACAUUGCAUUUACGCCUCGUGGAUACUGGCAAUCCAGGCGUAACCGCUACGACCUGCUGGUAACCGUCGCAGGUGUUAUCUGGAUUAUACUGCAAACUAUUCUCAGGAACGACUUAUCGUACUUCUUUGGAUUCAUGGUAGUUAUCCUGCGAUUUUUUACCAUCACUGGCAAGCAUACCACACUAAAGAUGUUGAUGUUAACGGUCGGUGUGUCCGUCUGCAAGUCGUUUUUUAUCAUCUUUGGAAUGUUUCUUCUCGUCUUCUUUUAUGCAUUAGCCGGCACCAUUCUAUUUGGCACCGUGAAGUAUGGCGAAGGCAUUGGGCGCCGAGCAAACUUCGGAUCGCCAGUGACGGGCGUUGCGAUGCUGUUCCGUAUUGUCACAGGCGAAGAUUGGAAUAAGAUCAUGCACGACUGCAUGGUGCAGCCUCCGUACUGCACGCGAGGUGAAAACUACUGGGAAACGGACUGCGGCAACUUUACGGCCAGCCUGAUUUACUUCUGCACAUUUUACGUCAUCAUUACAUACAUUGUGCUCAACCUGCUUGUGGCUAUUAUCAUGGAGAACUUUUCGCUGUUCUACUCGAACGAGGAGGACGCUUUGCUCUCCUAUGCAGAUAUCCGCAAUUUCCAGAACACCUGGAACAUUGUGGACAUACACCAGCGCGGCGUCAUACCUGUGCGACGGGUCAAAUUCAUUUUGAGGCUUCUGAAGGGCCGACUCGAGUGUGAUCCGCAAAAGGAUCGCUUGCUUUUCAAGUAUAUGUGCUACGAACUGGACAAGCUGCACAAUGGCGAGGACGUUACGUUCCACGAUGUCAUUAACAUGUUGUCCUAUCGCUCGGUUGACAUACGAAAGGCGCUGCAGCUGGAAGAGCUGCUGGCACGCGAGGAGUUUGAAUACCUGGUCGAAGAGGAAGUGGCCAAGAUGACAAUACGUACCUGGCUCGAAGGCUGUCUGAAGAAAAUUCGAGCACAAAACGCCAGUAAGCAGCAAAACUCACUAAUUGCCGGACUACGUGCCACCAACGAGCAGAUAGUGAUGCGUGCCAAUGUGCAGGAGGACAAAGCACCCGGCGGGAUAAUAGACAAGUCAGCUAUAAGCACAAUAAGCGGUGCGGUAGCUGGCACUUGCCCGCCCACUAGCGACGCUUUCUCGCCAACCUUAAGCUCGACGGAGAACGAUGAGAAGGAUGCCAGCAGCAGCGCAGUGGUUUUGCCUCACACUGAGCCCCAUGUGUCAAGUGCCCGCUAUGUGAUGGCAGUCGGCAAGCGGGCGUACGCACUCAAUCGCAGCGAUUCGACGGGCAGCUCGGCGGGGCGAAAGUUUUUGGCACCCACUUCGAGCGAUCCACAGCAGCGGUCCACACUAAGUGAUAAGGAGCGACUGCACAUUAGCAGUCAGCAGCGUAAGAAGAACUCGAUGACCACGUUGCCACAUGCUGCCCAGCUGGGCCAGUUGGGCAAGCAGCGUGACACCAACAAGACGUCAAGUUUUUUUUCGCAACUUAAUAGUGAGAUUGGACAGUUUCACUAUCCGGCAAUUAACGCGUCUGCUGCCACGGCGGCCGCGCUGCACAGCUAUGGAGAUCACCAUCAGCAUCAUCACGGACCUCUCAGCAGUCCAUCGGCCAUGAUCAGCCAGUUGAUUGGAGGCAGCGGCAAGCUGCUUUCGUUCAACAAUCAGGCGAACGCCGUCUACGAGGUGCACGACUGGUGGCAGGAGCAGGUCCUCUGCUCGCAGGCCAGUGACGAGGAGGUGUAGGCGGGAGCGAAUGCCUCAGCCAAUUAUGUUUGAUUUCGGCAAUAGCCAUGGAGUUAGCCAAUGCCAUGCAUUAGAGCCUUACUGAAACGAAUGAUUUGUCGCCUGUUCAAAUUACAACUAGUGGCCUAGAGAAAAUUAUAUAUUUAUUCUAACCAAUGUAAAUAUUGCCGCGCUCUUUUGCGAAUCGGACGUACGCACAAUGCAUUCCAUAUUUGUGUGUAGGCAUUAGGCUUUGUUGUUGCUUAUGUACUUCUGUAAGUAGAUACUCUUUUAGUAAUAUUUCUUUAAUUAAAUGUUUAAGUAUAUAUACAGAU